AUGGUGCAAGGCCUUCUCGGCAGCCUCCUCGGCGUUAGCGGUGCGGCCGCUGCCGCGUCUGCCGUGCCGUCGGUGCCUUUGGCAGCGGCCGUGGCUUGCGCAGGCGCCCUGCCGCCUCUUGCUGCUUUGUGGAUGGUGCCCAGUCAAAUGAGGGAUGCUGCCGCAGGCUUCGUGGAGGAGGUGCUGGUUCUUGUUCCGUGGCCCAACAAGCCCAGCGUGCAGGAAGAGGAGCAAGCACGAAGUGCAGCCGGACCUCCUGAAGGGCCUGCGUGCUCCGCCGCCGACGAGUCUGUUAGAGCCAGCAGCGAGCUGCUUGCCGCUUUCCACGGGGUCGAUGUCUUGCUGCACUGUCCUUUCUUGGUUCGCCAUCUUCGCUUGGAGGAGGGGCAACAAGCCAAGCCACUGCUGCGGCGUUCUGGCUUUGUGGCAGACAGCCGGCCAAGCUUUCGCCACUUAUGCAGCCUUCCAUCCUCGGAGGGCGGCCAGUCCCGAGUGGGGCGGCGCGGGCCGCUGCACAUAAAUCCGACCGAGGGCCUCUCGACGGAUUCCGCACUGCUCGCUGCGCUGCUACGGAGUCCGAAGGUGCUGGCCUCGGAGCACAUGGAAAGUCGGGAG